GAUUAGUGAAUUGCGACUGCGUAUAGUUGAUAACUAUGGUUGACAAUGUAUAUUAAUGUUUUUUGAAAUCGGUUUAGCAGUCAUUGAUUUUAGUUCCCAACAUUGUAUAACACCUAUAUACUUUGUACAAUUAUUAUGUACUUAGGUAUAGGUACUAGGUAGUUAAAAGGAAGGUAAGUGUAGGCAUACGUAAUAAGUACGUUUCCAUGGGAUGAUAGUGUCACACCAUGAAACAUAAUAAUUAUAAUUGCUGAAAUUAACGUGCACGUAACUACUCAGCAUCCUCCAUAUAUAAGGGCGCCUUGACGAAGUGUCCGGAACAAUUCUAUCUUACUUUGUACUGAAAUAUUUAGAAAAUAAAGUAAAAAAUGGCAGCUAUUCAUAACAGUGAAAGUUUUAUUAUUCUUAUUAUUUUCGCAGUGAUAGUUCAACUGACUUGUUUUCCCUUGGACCCGUCUGAUGAUGAUCACACCUUAGUUCUCCGCUUCAAAAGGCAGUUGGGGAAUAGCCAUAUUGCAGACCAUGCAUUAGUCUCAGCUCAUGAGUUGAAAGGAGCGCAGCAUGGCCGAUACGGCUACGGGCAGCAGCACGACACAGUCAUCGUCAACGUACCUGACAAUAAUAACAACAACAACUACAGGAAUCCUAACAACAAUGGUGGCACAACAGUAGUGGUUGUAGAAGAACAAAACUCCAGAUACCCGACCGGACGAACCGGCUACGGCUACUACCGCAGGAUGUAAUCCCCAGCUGGAACAAUACCUACUGUAUUACUAUAUUUAACUAUUAUUAUAAAUAAGUACAUAGAACAAUGACCUAUUUUAGGGAAUCCCUCUUGAUUACAUCUAAUGUAUACGUAACAUACUUUUAAACGUUAAAAAAUCGUUCCGGUGAAAAACGUUUUUCAUCCAACCUCUGAAGAGGUAUAAUAACAUGUUGUGUUUCAUCAAAUUAUGGAAUCCUAUUCUGAUUGUAUUAACUGGUAAUACCCGACUAUGAAUUGGCAGUAAAACUAUGAUUACUAAUGUUACGUUGUUGCUUUAUUAUACUAAGUAGAGGUAUGUAAGUAUACACUGUAUUCAAUUAUUCUACAACCAUUUCAAUUUGCAAUAAAAUAUCUUCUAGACAGAA